AGCCACUCCCUAAUCUACUCAAACACUGAGCUGAGGGUUUGGCAGCUAUGUUUACCUAGCUAGUGCACUCAGUAUGGGCAUGCAGUACAUCCUCCCCUCUUGUGCCAACCAAGCUGAGUAAGUCUUAUUAAAGACCCACCUUUCCAGAGUGCAGUUGAGUAUUUAUUUUAGAAUCCCACUGGGAAGGAGAGGCGGUUGAGACAAGAGGGGCCUGUUGGAGGCUGAACUGAACUUCUACUACUACUUCUUCUACAACUUGUAUCUCCACUAUGAACUGGGCGUUUUUGCAGGGCCUGCUUAGCGGGGUCAAUAAGUACUCCACGGUGUUCGGUCGUAUCUGGCUCUCCGUCGUCUUCAUCUUCAGACUAAUGGUCUUCGUCGUGGCUGCGGAGAAAGUGUGGGGUGACGAGCAGAAAGACUUCGACUGCAACACCCGCCAACCUGGCUGCCACAACGUCUGUUACGACCACUUCUUCCCUGUCUCCCACAGCCGGCUCUGGGCACUCCAACUCAUCUUCGUCACCUGUCCCUCGCUCCUGGUUGUCCUCCAUGUCGCGUACAGAGAUGAGCGAGAGCGGAAACACUGUCUGAAGCACGGCGAGGGAUGCACCCGUCUGUAUGACAAUACGGGGAAGAAGCGCGGCGGCCUGUGGUGGACCUACCUCUUCAGUCUGCUGUUCAAGAUGGCGGUGGACGGCGUGUUCAUCUUUCUGCUGUUUUACAUCUACGAGGCGUACUUCUUCCCGCUGGUGGUGAAGUGCUCAGAGGACCCCUGUCCCAAUGAGGUGGACUGCUUUAUUGCCAGGCCAACAGAGAAGCGAGUGUUCACGGUCUUCAUGGUGGUGAUAAGUUUGGUGUGUAUACUCUUGACCCUGUGUGAGAUCCUCUACCUGCUGGGGAAGAAGUGCAGGGAGUGUAUUGGCGGUGGAGGACCCCGUGCCAUCAGGGAGAGUCCCCAGUUUACCAUGCCAGCUACCAUACCCCUGACAGAGAAAGAUACCUCUGUAUUCAAGCAGUCUGAACUGAAGAAGAUGAAUAUGGCUGACGGGGAUGGCGGAGUGGGUAAGAGAGAGGGCCCUGCUCCGGGUUACAGUGUGACUGUCUCUUGAUUUAAUUCUGGUCCUGGAGAUGCCAAUAACUUGUACAGGCUUUCCGUUCAAGCCCAGUAUUAAUACCUGAUUAGUUUCAUCAAGGCAUUGAUGAUUAGUUGAUCCGUUGUGUUUUAGUAAGUCUAGUAGUAGUUAGUAGAUAGUACAGGUCUUUGAAGAAACGCCUACGGAAAGACUACAACAUCCUGUCGUGUCUGUGUCAAGGCAAGGGCCACAUAUACUGUUCAGUGUGAGUAUAUGGGUCUGAUACUCCAAAAUGUUGUUUACAAAGUCACUGCCAAAAUGGGAAACUAUUGUGUACAUGUUUAGUCAUGAUUAAAUAGAGAAUGACAUGCCAUCUGUUUUUUUUGUUAAACGUUUUCAUUUCAUGAAAUGUACAUUUAUUUCUAGUCUUGUUCAGUUAUUGAUAUAUGUAAUAUAAUUUCAAGCCUGAUGAUUGUAGUCUGCUUGUCAUUUGAAA